UUUCAGAUAUUAUUUGUAACUAAAUAAAAGUGUAGAGGUCAAAAACAGAGAGCUCCGAGAAUCUCACCAUAAUGGCGGCGUCGGCGAACUCUUUCCUCGUCGGAAACAACACUCAGAUCCCUGCUUUGAAACCCAGAUCAACAUCUCAAUCCCUUCUUCACCUUAGCAAACCAAACACCAUGAGCCUCGCCGGCAAAACCAAGCCCGUCGCGGUUAGAUGCGUCGCUUCGAGUACGACUCAAGUUCAAGACGGAGUUAGAUCCGGUUCCGUGGGAUCCCAAGAACGUGUCUUUAACUUCGCGGCGGGUCCAGCAACUUUGCCUGAGAACGUUCUCCUAAAAGCUCAGGCGGAUCUAUACAACUGGCGUGGAUCUGGGAUGAGUGUGAUGGAGAUGAGUCAUAGAGGCAAAGAGUUUCUCUCUAUUAUACAAAAAGCUGAAUCUGAUCUUCGUCAGCUCUGGGAGAUUCCUCAGGAAUAUUCCGUUUUGUUCUUACAAGGUGGUGCCACUACUCAAUUCGCUGCUUUGCCUCUCAAUCUCUGCAAACCUGAUGAUACUGUCGAUUUCGUUGUUACUGGUUCGUGGGGAGAUAAAGCUGCAAAGGAAGCCAAGAAGUAUUGCAAAACCAAUGUGAUUUGGUCUGGGAAAUCUGAGAAAUACACAAAGGUUCCAUCUUUUGAUGAGUUGGAGCAAUCUCCGGAUGCCAAGUAUUUGCAUAUAUGCGCCAAUGAAACUAUUCAUGGUGUUGAGUUUAAAGAUUACCCUGUUCCUCAGAACCCUAAUGGGAUCUUGGUUGCUGAUAUGUCUUCCAACUUUUGUUCUAAGCCUGUUGAUGUGUCUAAGUUUGGUGUGAUCUACGGUGGUGCACAGAAGAACGUUGGUCCAUCUGGUGUCACUAUUGUAGUGAUUCGUAAAGAUUUGAUUGGGAACGCUCAGGAUAUUACUCCGGUGAUGCUUGAUUACAAGAUUCAUGAUGAGAACAGUUCGUUGUACAACACGCCUCCUUGCUUUGGGAUUUACAUGUGCGGUCUUGUGUUUGAAGAUCUGUUGGAGCAAGGUGGAUUGAAAGAAGUGGAGAAGAAGAACCAGAGGAAAGCUGAUCUGCUUUACAAUGCCAUUGAAGAAAGCGAAGGCUUUUACAGGUGUCCUGUUGAGAAAUCAGUGAGGUCGUUGAUGAAUGUGCCUUUCACUUUGGAGAAAUCUGAAUUGGAAGCUGAGUUUAUCAAGGAAGCUGCCAAAGAGAAGAUGGUGCAGCUUAAAGGGCAUAGAUCAGUGGGAGGUAUGAGAGCUUCUAUUUACAAUGCAAUGCCUUUGGCUGGUGUUGAAAAGCUUGUUGCUUUCAUGAAAGAUUUCCAGGCAAAGCAUGCUUAAGUUUUAAGGGUUUUUGUUUUUGUUUUUUGUUGUUGCAUUUUGGUUUAUGUUUGUUUGGUGAUAAGCUUGAAAGCUUAUGAUUUGGUUUUCUUUCCUUUCCGGAAUAAAUAAUGUUUAGCAAUGUAUCAAAAUCUUUCUCCAUCAAUUGGAAAAGCAGAUCUGUUGUAACAAACAAAGAGCUUUGUUAUUUGUUUGAAGUGAUGAUAAAAUCGCCAUUAGAUAAA